AUGCUACGAGGCUCAGGAGCUCCGCUACCCAACGGCGCCCAUUCGACGCCUGGGCGGCCGCAGAUGGACGCGAGUCGUGCAUCUACGGCCCAUGCAGAAUUUCUGUUGCAGCAGGUGCGGCUGAACGUGGACCAUCUCGCUGCUACGGAGGCACUAGACCCGCUGCUGUGUCGCCAGCUGCAGGCGCUCCUCGCCACAGCGCAGGUGCGGGCGCCGCCCCCCCCACCCGCCGCGCCAGCACCCAACGCAGUUGUCAAGAAAGAUGCGGCGAAGGAGGUCAAAGGGAAGAACAAGUGGACGCGCGAGGUGCUCAAGGACACGUCCGUGUUGCCCACCAUUGUGGAAACAGCACUGACGGCCGCAGCGGGACCCAUGCUCACAGAUCAGCAGCGCUCUGCCAUUGUUGAGAUUGUCAGUCUAUCACAGGCCAAAAUCGCCGACGCCGUUACGGACCCCGAGCGCCAGGCUGCCGCACAGCGGUGGGUCGCCACCUCGUCCAAGUCUGCGCAGCAGGGACUUCGAAGCAGUUUUACGACAGCUGGUGAGAAUUGGGACAAGUGGGCGAAGAGGCAGGAGCAGGAAGCAGCGGCCCAGCGCACACAGCGCCAGGCCCAGAAGGAGCUUGAGGCAGAGCUGCGCCGCGAGCGCCAACAAUUCAGCACGCCGGGUAGCGUAUCCGAAGUGCCAUCGAGAUCCCUGGCCACGGAGACUCAAGGUCUCUCUCAGCUGUCGCUCCUGAGCGACAAUCCUGCGGCUGCGAGCGUCGCUUGCAUGCCGUCGCAGCACAUCCAGGACUGUGCACCGGCGGGCCCCUCGACCGAGAUGGGCGCUGUGACUACGACAUUCUCGCCAUGGCCCGGACUAGUCCUCACAAUGUCGACGGUCGCCUCAAAUGUGAUGCUCAACGACGCACCAGAAGAUCCGUCGGAGGGUGGGCGUGGUGUGCCGCCACCUCCGGCGCCCUCGGUGCGCCCCUCGAUCAACAGCGACGUGGCGCCCCCGCCGCCGCGGCGUUCCAUGCCGACUGCACCUGACAUGACGCCCAUGCCGCCACCGCCGCACGGUGUGCAGGCUGUGCCUUCUCCGCGACUGUCGCAGGGUGCGCAGGCAGCUCCCCUGCCGCCGCUCCCGCCUAGCGCUUCGGGGACGGUCCCUACCGCACUACGCCCCGCCAAUCCGCCACCUUAUAGAUAG